UUUCGGGGCGGCGCGUUUCGUUUUCGUUUUCCUGAAGGACAGCGAGCACCGCCUGGGCUGAAGGGGAAUUGGAUAGGAUUCUGCGCGCAUCCAGACGAUCCUGGCCCCGCGGUUUCCCCACUCCCCUCGCCUCCCCUUGUAAUGCAGGUUGAAGUGGCAGAUGGCUCUUUGACUCCUGUGGCCACAUCAGCUUUGUCAUUACCAUUGCACCCUACUUCGAAGGCAUCAGUAAAGUCGCUCUAUGAUGGACAAAUCUGCACAUUGCCAGGCCGACUCAGAAUCCAACCCUUUCUAUGGAGCAAAGAUGAUGUGAUUCACUGGCUAAGAUGGGCUGAAAAAGAAUAUUCACUCCGGAAAUCUGAUGAUAGUAACUUUGAAAUGAAUGGAAAAGCCCUUUGUAUUCUCACCAAGGAAGAUUUCAAAUUUCGGUCUCCUAAUUCAGGAGAUGUCUUAUAUGAAUUACUCCAAUACAUAAAGACCCAAAGAAGAGCCCUUGUGUGUAGCCCUCUCUUUAACAUUUCCUUUUGGGAUACAGACCAUAACCUGACCCGGAGCACUGCAGAAGGUACCAAGUGCAAUUUAGAACAUUUCCCAGCUAAGGUCCCUGUGUUGCCUUCAGAAUAUCCAACGAUCUUCACUAGUCAUGAAGGUUACUCGAACUCAUCUCAGUCUUUCACCAAGACACUGUCUACUCCUGGGAUGACACCUCUUGCUUAUAGCAACCCAGAGAUCAGCCAUGGUGGAAACAUUUGCUCUUUUCCUGUAAAAUCUGCUGCUCCGGUCGGGGGGAAAAUAUCAGACUGUAGGUUACUUUUGGAUUACAUCUACCGGCUCCUCUCUGAUAGCCAGUAUGAAUCAGUUAUCAAGUGGGAAGACAAAGAAACCAAGAUCUUUCGGGUUGUAAAUCCCCGUGGCCUUGCUGGACUCUGGGGUAAUCACAAGAACCGAAGGAAUAUGACAUAUGAGAAGAUGUCAAGAGCGUUGAGGCAUUAUUAUAAACUCAACCUCAUCAAAAAGGAAGCUGGGCAGAAAUUAUUAUUCAGAUUCCUAAAAGUUCCUGGAGAAAUAAAACAGUACACAACCAGUAAAUUGGAGUAGCUGAACAAUGAAGAGCAGAAAGGAGAGGACUCAAAAAAUUUACCAGAAAUUUCAUUGUAGACAUUUGCCAAUUUUGCCAUGCCAUAGUGGCAUCAAGAGCUUGUGUGGGAAAAUAUUUGCUGUCUAUAUGAAGACAGAAAACAAAACAAGGCCUUGGGGAAUUGUGCAUCCUGCAAAUUAAAUGCAAAGAACUAAUCCAUUGGAUUUCUGCUGUCAAACGUAAUAGAAGCAUUUGUGUAAAACAAAAGUUUUAAACUGAAUCUGCAAAUCAGUUCUAGUUCCUUUGUCAGUCAUGCUGCUGUAGAAUUUCUUAGCAUUCUCAAAGAUACUCUCCUACCCAUUUAAAAAUAUCUCGUGGGAAAUUAAGAAGUUUUUUCAUUUGGAAAAAAACAACAACAGAAAGCCCCAUAUAUUUGCAGUGAUCAUUGUGU